GAGGGGAGGAGCUGUAGGAGCUGUCUCACACAUACGCACACACUCACACACAUACACAUACAAGAAUUCACAGUCUCACACAGACACCCAUGUUCUCUGUCGUCCCAGUUCCAGCCUUCAGUGCUCUCGGGAGGGGCUGCCCUGGGGUUUUGGCUGUAGCCCUCCUGUAUGGCUGCCUCAUUUCUCCUCUCCCUCCCAGAGCCCAGCUGCUGUCAUUUUGUGCCCUGCCGAGGAGGCAGGAACUGCAGUGACAGCAGGAGUAGGAGGCAGGAACUGCAGUGACAGCAGGAGUGAGAGGCAGGACAGAGUCGUGGGGCACAGAGAGGGAUGGAGAGGGAGAUGCCAAGACCAGGUGACCAUGAGUCCCAGAGAGGGCUGAGAAGCAGCGUGAGGGGUGGUGAGAGCCUGGAGGAGAGGUGGACAAAACCAAGGAGCAAACAGAGAAGGCUUGUGGGUCACAGAGCCACUCAACCAUGCUGGGAGCAAAGCGACACUGGCCACCAGGUCCCUCACUCAGCCCUUGGCUGACCUUGGCCCUGACACUUAUGGCCCUGAGGACAGGGUGGGCCCAGGAGGGGACAGAGCCAGUCCUCCUGGAAGGUGAGUGCCUGGUGGUCUGUGAGCCCAGCCGAGCUGCGGCAGGGGGGCCAGGGGGAGCAGCCCUGGGAGAGGCACCCCCUGGAAGAGUGGCAUUUGCUGCAGUCCGAAGCCACCACCACGAGCCAGCAGGAGAGAUCGGCAAUGGCACCAGUGGAGCCAUAUACUUCGACCAGGUCCUGGUGAACGAGGGCGGUGGCUUUGACCGGGCCUCAGGCUCCUUCGUGGCCCCUGUCCGGGGCGUCUACAGCUUCCGGUUCCAUGUGGUGAAGGUGUACAACCGCCAGACUGUCCAGGUAAGCCUGAUGCUGAACACAUGGCCUGUCAUCUCGGCCUUUGCCAACGACCCAGACGUGACCCGGGAGGCAGCCACCAGCUCUGUGCUACUGCCCCUGGACCCUGGGGACCGGGUAUCUCUGCGCCUGCGUCGAGGGAACCUGCUGGGUGGCUGGAAAUAUUCAAGCUUCUCUGGCUUCCUCAUUUUCCCACUCUGAGGACUCAAGCCUUUCAAGGAAGGAAAUCUAGCCCCUGACCCCUGCCCUCUGCCCUCUCCUGCCCCAGAAGUAGCAUCUUCAGGGCAGGAGAGAGACUCCCUCUGGCUGCCUUUAUUAUUCCACGUCCUUGCAUGGGACCCUGUACCAAACAUCCAAGGUGAAGAGUAGAGCUCUGGUGUCUCGGGACCUGCCCCUCUUAACCUGCCCCUCACAGUUGCCUCUCACUGCAUCUCUUUCUGCCUGCAGCCCUAGGAUCAGGGCAGGGUUUGGCAGGUAGGGAGGCCUGUGCUACUUAGAAGACUCUGCUCCUCCUGUCCCCCCAACUCCAACCCAGCUUCCUGCUCAGUGCUAUUGGGGAACAGGUGGUACAGGUGAGCCUGACAGGCCCCUACAGGGGACCAGAUGGACCAGCCUCAGCAUACCCAGCAGGCUCCUUCCUGUGAGGAGUGCCAGCAUCACAGAUCUCGGCCAGCACAGUCAGAAGCUGAGCCAGCACUGUGUGCACUAGAGCAGGAGGGAGACUCAGCCAGUAGCAGAACUGUGGGGAGGGCCACAGAGCAGCCCAGAGCCUGUGGCUGGUGCGGCAGGAAGGGGGCAUGCUCCCAGCCUGAACACGGUAUACAUUUUUCACGUACAUUGGGGCAGCCAGCCGACGGUGAACCCGGCAUCUAUUUGUGGAAGAUCCCAGAUGGACUCUGGCCCUCAUCUCCCCACCCAAGACAUGGGUGUGUAUGUUUGCUUUGGCCGAGAGUGGGUAUACAAAGGUCCCUUUGGCAGCUGGAGGUGGAGGUAGGUCACAUGUGGGCAAUUGUAGAUCUCCAGGCAUGGAACACAUCAAUGACCGUGGCCCCCUCCUAGAACUGCUCCACCUUUGUAGUCUCAAGUUCAAUCACUUCAUGCUCUGACCACCACCUCCUUCCUCCCAGCUCUCUCAGGGACCUUCACUGUACCUGUCCCACACUAUCCCACAACCUCUCUUCUUUCUCCUGAUUUGUGCUGUCUUAUCCUCCUCCUUAAAAUUCCUUGGAUUCCAUAAUUCAUCCUUUCAACCACUCUCCUGCCAGUAUUAUAAACUGUGUCUCACCUCUCUGUCCCAUUGGCCCAGCAUGGAUGAAUCUAUCAAUAAAGUAAUUAGAGAAUGAUGCUCAGUGAGACCCUAUAGGAUCACUAAAGAGAGAACACGACAUUACAACUGGGUUCAGGGGUUACAGGAUACAAGCAGGUAUGCUGUAGGGAAAAUAAAUGUAAAACUGUAUGUCAGAGUCAAAUAAAAAAGGAUUUGGUAGUGCCUGAGUUAAAUAGGAAAUACCAAUUGUGAAUUUGUGGUUUUCAAAAGAAAUAACUUUUUCAAAUUUUGUCACUAAAGCGGCAUAGAAACAACAUCAGGAAAAAAUCUGAUAUGCAUUCUUAGCACCUGAAGCUUUGCCUCAGAUAUUAUUCUCCUUUAAAAGGACUCAAGGUCCCUUGGAGAAUAGCUCCAUGUCAUAAAUAACUCUAGGCCUGGAACCUAUUGGUGAAGACAAAAAGCAAAGGUGCUUUCUUAAAUGUAGGGUAGAGCUGAGAAGGCAAAGGAACCAAUCUUAAUAGGCUUCCACAAAUUGACAUUCUGUGACAAUUUGAUAAUCAAAAGGAAAAUAAUAUUGUUAAUUGGAACAAGGUGAAUUUUUAAAAUCCACAACUCUGUUGUGAUUUUCAAAAAGGAAGAAGUAACUAUACAGUGUACAAAAAUGUAGUUAGUCUACUGAGCGAAGAAGUAUGACUAUAAUAGGAUAUUUUUAGUUAAUUUUGAUAAGUAGAAGAGUAUAAGUAGAGCAGAUAUUAUAUCUAUGCAUAAGGUGCAUUUUUUUCUUUAUCUGCAUAAGUAGGGAGGGGUGGAUCCAGAGAGCUCUCAGUAAUUCCAGAAAACGUUGGAACUGUACCAAAAAUGAAAGAGACUGAUCGGCACCAUCUGGUCAUAUAUUACAACUAGGAAGAAAGAAGCUCCCACAGUGUGUUACAUGAACAUGAAUUAGGCAAACGUCCAAAAGAUAACUGCUCACUGCUCAAACAUGAUCCUUCAUUUCUUGGGAAAGGGGGCCUCUCUACUACCCUACUAAUUAUAAUGAGAUUACAGGAACAGUAAAACCCAAAAUAAUAAUGGCUUAAACAAGGUGGCAGAUUAUUUCUGUCUCACAUAGAAGAAUCUGCAAAUAAAGACUGCAGGGUUGGAUGGCAGUUUUAUGAUCGCCACAGCCCAGUUUCCUUUCUUGCUGUUCUACCACCUUUAGCAUAUCACCUCCUGACCCAAGAUAGCUCCUUGAGCUCCAGCCAUUACUUCACCCUUACAGUCCCAGAAAGGAGGAAGGAAGGGCACACCCAUUUCCUUUUAAAGAAGCUUUCUGAGAGGCACCUCCAACAGUUCUGUUUGCAUCUCAUUGGCUAGAAUUUAGUCAUAUCUAGCCACACCAGGCAAGGGAGAGAGGCUAGGGAAUAGAGUCUUUAUUCCAGGCAGCUAUGCCCAGCUAAAAGUCGGGAGUUAUAUAAUAAGGAAGAAGAGGAGACUGGAUACUGGGGAAAACAACAAUAUUGGGGAAGUUUGUAAAAAUGAAAAUGAGCUAGAUAAAUUUGUAAAUAAUGUCAGUAAAGUUAUUGUAUUAGUUUUUCUAUUGCUGUGUAAUAAUUACCACAAAGUAGUGUCUUAACACAACUUUGACCUAUUUAUUAUCUCAGUUUCUGUAGGUCUGAAGUCCAGCAGAGCAUGACUGGAUUCUCUCCUCAGGGUUUCAUUAGGUCAAAAGAAAGGUGUAGGAAGGGCUGCCUUCCUUACUGAAGUAGAAGAAUCCACUCCCAAGCUCAUUCAGAAUUCAGUUCCUUAUGGUUGUAGGAUUGAGGUUCCUUGCCAUCAAUCUCCGGGCCAAAAACGUCAGGCCAAGUCCUUCUCACAGUUUGAACCUCUCUGACCUACCCUUCUGUCACGUCUCUGACCUUAAAAAUUCUCUGAUUUUAAGGGUUCUUGUGAUUAGAUUGGGCCCACACAGAUAA